AUGCCCACCCACAAGCCUAGGGACCCUAGCGCGUGCGCAAGGGCAUCGGAUUUGCGCGGCACCCUGCCGCCAUCAGCCAUUCUGGAUGCAGGAGCACCCCAGCUACCUGCCACGCAGAUUAUCAUCACGCUGCUAUGUGCCAUUAUUCCAGUAGCGUACUGGUGGUAUGUCAUUGUGCCUUACAAGCGACGCGAGCUGGCCUCCAGCAAACGUAAGGGCGAUGUAAAAGAGUACCUUGAAGAUCUGGCUGCAACUCCCUCUGGUGAUCGCCAAGCAGAGAAGUGGUUCUACGACAAGUAUCUGCGUGAGGCGAAGCUUGUAGAGGGAACUGAAGCUGCUGGGCUUCCAAAGGUAGUUCAAGCAGUUGAAAGUGAACUGCAGCAACAGCUCCCCGGAGGGGGAUUCUGGAGCUUUGAUAAUCCCAUUUUUGUCUGUCUGGUUAUGCUGGCAAUUUUCUGCACGGUUCAAGUGGCAACCCACAGUUCGCAGCUUUAG